AUGGUCACAGUUUGUACAAGAGCCGAAGGGUGCACAACGGCUUUGCUCUACUCCAAUGCAAUUCUUAAUACGCAUUUGACCCUGCUGGGCUGGGGUGAAGCUUGCGGAGGGCCAGGCUGGCGUCUGAAGAAAGUUGUUGACUUCUGCAAAGAAGUCGAGUUGGACGAUGUAGUCGUCGUGGUCGACGGCUUCAACUCAGUUAUUCUGCAACCGCGCGAGGUUAUUCUGGAGAAAUUCCUCGAGUUCGGAGGUAGGAUCGUCUGCAUGGGCCAGCAGGACGCUCACUAUCGACAGAGUCGGCUGUCUCUCCACAUCCCUCCAGUGCAGAGUGCAGCUGCUCAAAACAGCCGCGCGUGCCUGACGGUUCUGAAUGCUGGCGCAUUUGCUGCAUACGCGCGAGACAUUAUCCGUCUCUUUGCCGACGCUCCCGAAGAACUUUCUCAGCAUGUGUUGCUCGGAGAACUGUAUCAAGCACAGCCGGAUCUUCUCGUGACAAUUGACACGAACUGCUCACUUUUUCACCGCUAUCGAUCUCCAAACGACUUGACGGUUCUCACUUACGCAGACGCCCAUGCGCAGUCCAUCCAUGCUCCUCCUAAUUUGCCUUCGACAAGCGGCCGCAGUCUCCCGUCAUCUUCUGGCGCUCCUUGCUCACCUCCCUUCUUCCGGCCCUCGCCACUGCCACGUAUAGCUAUGGAUGCGGUGACAAGGGAGACGCCGUGCUUGGUGCACAUCCCCCGAAGUCGAAAUGCAGAUGCGUUUCUACGGCAGUUGGGCCUUCCGUCGCGUAGCGUCCAGCUCGGUGUCCUGUCGCUGAUUCCGCGUUGUUGUCGUGAGUUCGUCCACAAAUAUAAGAAGGCGGUGCUUCCGCCAACCGCCCAGCUCGACCGUUUAGUCUCUUGGCUGUUCAUCGUCUUCUUCAUCUCAGCUGAGAUCCUCGGCCUUCUCAGCCUGAGAGGGAUUCUUGCGGUAGCCGUGGCGGUAAUUCCCCAAGACGCACCAGAGGAGGUCGCAGGCUCAUUCUUUGUGUGGCGACAGGGGACUCAGAAGGAAGCGGCGCCGAGGGACUUGCAUCGAACAGCUGAGGCUGCCAUCCUCACAGCUGUGUCGGCCGUCUGCGAAGGCGUACACCACCUGUACCAUUUCUGCCUCGCGCUGAGCUGGGUGUGGAUUCUCUCCUUGGUGAUGUCUGGCCUGGGUCUACUAGGUGUGGCAGCCUGGAGCAGUCUGCUGAGCCGACGACCAGAAACAGUUUCUGGAGGACAGUCUCCUCAUCUCAACAGAGUGCACUCUACAGCCAGCGAACAAGCGGCAGGUGCAUGCGCACCUGAAGAGACAGCGGAGAAAUUCGCCAGCACGGCAGGACCGGCAUCGUACAUCGGCGCUGACGAAUUCCUUCAGGAUUCCCAGACCACCUAUUUGCAGCACUUGCUCCAAGAGCAAGCGUCAUUAGCUUGCAUGCGUAAAGAGUCUGCUUUGCUUGGCUCACUUUGUGCCGAAGGCGACACCCAAAGCCAGGAUGUCGGCGGGGAAAGGAAAUCAGCGGCUGGGCGUCAGACGGGACCGCGGCGGCAACAGCGGUCCCCCUCCCUCCAAGGCGGGGGAGCUCGAAGGCGCAGAGGCUCGCUGAAAAGGCAGUCGGGGUUCCUGACAGAGUCGAGUACCGGCCUCAGUAGCGGCAGUUCACUCGACGACAGUGGAACUCCCGAACCGCCGACAGCGCCGCGCGGAAACUCUGAACGCGCUGCAACCAAGAGGGCUCCAUCAAAAGGAGCCCAGCGACGAGGUGCGGCACGCAGACGAGUGGCAGUCUAA